CCUGAUAAGCUUGUAGGACGCAGUUUCAUUUUGAGUUUCACAAAGAAGACCAGCGAUUGCGUCCUCUUCUCUUAAUGAAAUACUGUCCUACUGUUGAGCAGCUGAUUAAACGAUAAAGCAGUCGACCGACGCAUUUAUUAGUCAUACGAUGGAUCACUUCUGACUUUCGUGGAUCAUUCGGAGUAAACAAUAAGCAAAAUGGUCUGUGGAUCUUCCAUCAUAAAAUAUUUCCUCUUCCUAUUCAACACCUUAUUCUGUGCUGGCGGUCUCGCGAUUUUGGUAAUCGGUUCCAUCAUACAAGUAAACAUUGACAACUAUGGAUCUCUAUUCCCUGGUGAAGUCGCGCUGCCGGGACUUCUGCUCAUUGUCGUCGGCGGCGUCACGUUCUUGGUCGCGUUUGUGGGGUGCUGCGGCGCGAUCCGCGAGUCGCAUUGGAUGAUGAUCACGUACGCUGUCAGCCUGGUGUCACUUUUUCUGCUACAAUUAAUAGGAGGGAUCCUGGCGAUUGUGUUCAAAUCGGAUUUGGCAGAGCUGCUGAAGGGCUCCAUGAAAUAUGCCAUGGAGCUGUACCCAAAUCCCACUGAGGCGGCGGCCAGGAAGGCUUGGGACAGGGUCCAGAGAGACUUUCGAUGUUGCGGAAUUGACGAUCCAUGGGAUUGGAUCCAAGUAAUGAGCGACUUUCCUGAUUCGUGCAAAUGUGACGACCCUUUUGACGUGCGGUGUGUGGGUGGACAUUUUGCCUCAGGCUGUUUCAGAGAUCUGUCCGCGUGGAUUGUUACAUGGGAAACCAUUCUGGGAGCCGUCGCGCUUGGAUUCGCACUCGUUGGGGCAAUGCUGGCCAUUUGCCUGGCGACAAGUGUGAGGAGGAGAAUGCACAUGGUUUAGAAAUGUGCUUAGUAAUAAAGAGGACGCUCAAGAACAACACUCGUAUAUUUGUAAAA